CCGAGUUUUACGUUUCCUUUUGAAUUUUCUUACGAUUUUCUACUGUGUAAGAUGCGAGAUCCUCUCGAGGAAAAAUGAGAGACGUCUCGGAAGUAGCAUGCAGCUCUGCAUCGAGAAUUUCGACAUCCACAAGGACAAGAUCAUCAAGACUGAGGAUUCGCGCGAGCUGGGAGCUAAGUAUCUCAACGAGCAGGAUGUCAAAUCGAGAGACGAUUGCCUGAGGUUCUGCUGUGAGACCGACCACUGCGACGUUUUCAUAUUUGAGGAAAAGAGGCCUGGAAGCUGCUAUUUGUUCCAUUGUGGGCCGCCGGACGAUUUUAAAUGCAAAUUUACAAACCAUGAUAACUACAGCAGUGCUCUCCUGACUGUUAAUUUGAACGCAUUAAAUACCGCGCGGCUCGAAGAACAGAUACAAAGGACCCGGCAAGAACACGAGCUUGAAUCCCUCAGAAAACUUGCGGAUUCUGCUCCAGUAGAAUAUUCAUUUUCAGAGCUCCCUGCGACGAUGAUGACGCAAACCCCGAAGGCACCUACACUUACUACCCCUCUACCCACAAAAUCAAAAUGUAGCCGUAAUCAAUACGAAUGUCGCACUUCCGGAGAUUGUAUCGCAAUAUACAAUGCUUGCGACGGCAUUCCGCAAUGUCCGGAUGGUUCGGACGAAGCUGCAGAUCUUGGAUGUCCUACCGAGAAACCGACGGUCCCUCCUGCCUCACCAGUCCAUCAACCGUAUAUUUUAGUACCUUCUGAUGUACCAAAACAUCAACAAGUAAUGCAUCGUAAGCCUUAUGCCCCUGUGAACAUCCGCGGUCAAGAAAGGGAUCAAGAAUCGUGGCAGGCGUCAGCUCCCAAUCGGCCAUCAAUCUCACAGCAAAACCUACAAUAUCCGGUUCAACAAGUCGCGAUUCCUCAGCAGCCCGUUAGUUUCGGUUCUCAAGGAUAUCCAUGGGAGUUUCAGCCAUUAUAUGAUCAAAACAAAGAAGUCUACGGGAAUCCGAUCGGUUCAUAUCGAGGGCCUAAUGGUCUACCCCCAUACGAGCAACAACCAAGUAUAUUCAGUCAUAAGGGUGCAAGUAUCGUAGGCAAGCCUUUACCGGAAGGAGUCAACGGAUAUAUAGAUUCGGGUCGUCAGUAUCAUCCAUUUUACUCACCACCGAACCACGAAACAUGGCAAGAAGGUCAGCUUCAGUCUGUACCUUCAGUUACACCUAAAGUGCAACACAAUCAACGCAUAGUUGCCCAGGAAAAGGAUGCUACAACUUCACCUCCUCCUUGUAAACCGCCGGCCAAAGAACUGGAAUCUUUACCAAGAAAUGAAGGUGACAAAAAGAAUAUUAAAAAUUCAAAAGGGGACAGUGUCAAGAUAGAUACUUUAAGCAAUAAAGCAGUUGCUACUAAGAACGAACGCCAAAAAGAAAGUCAUCCCAAGGUUACCGAACCACACGAGCAUGAAAAUCACUCGGAAAUUUCGGAGGAUUACCCAAAAGUUAUCGAAAAGCCUCAUAUAGUAGCCGAGCACCUUCGGCAAAAAGGUGGAGAUAAUAAACUCAUGCGCCCUACAGGGGCCAUAAUAUCUUUGGCUCUAGGGCUCACAGCAACUGCAAUAAUGGCUGCCUUAAUAGCGUGUCGGUUACGAGUAGUUCGUCGUCGAGGCCGGCGAGGUCAUGGACCGUAUGCACACGACGCUGAUUAUUUAGUUAAUGGAAUGUAUCUUUAA